CUCUCUCUCUAUACCCUCCACCUCUCCCUCUAAUUAAAUUAAGCUUUAAAGAAAACCCAUCUCUCUCCCUUCAAUUUCCCCCUUAUAUAAUGCCCUUGCAGCUUCAAAACCACCACCAACAAGGCCAUGCUGGUGCUGCAGGAGCUACCGGUGGUGCCCAUAGUAUAGUCCUCAGCACAAGGCUAGCCCGGCUAGUCGCUCUCACUGUUCAUCUCUUCCAUUCAUACCACUUCCUCUCUUCAUCCGCUCAUAUUCAAUUACAAGACCCUUUUCGUUCUACUCCUACUCUUACUUCCCCUCCUCCUCCUGCUCUCCCUUUUGGUUGGGAAAGGCACCCUCUGCCUCAAGGUGGGGAUUUAUUAUUCUAACAGUACAGGCAAGAGGUACUUGGGAGACGCCACAAGGAUGAGCCGCAGGAACGGUCCGAAACUCGACUUGAAGCUGAACCUAUCGCCGCCAAGGGCCAACCGCCACGCCGAAUCACCGAGCCGAUCGGUGACGUUGUCACCGACAUCACCGCCAAGCUCGUGCGUGUCGUCGGAGCUCAACCAGGACGAGACUCUCCGAUACUCAAACAGCCCGGAAGCCACAUCCAUGGUGCUGGUGGGGUGCCCACGCUGCCUCAUGUAUGUGAUGCUUUCAGAGGAUGACCCCAAAUGUCCCAAAUGCAAGAGCACUGUUUUGCUUGAUUUCCUCCAUGAUAACAACAACGCCACGACCACCAGCUCCACCGCCACCAGCACCACCAAGAAGACAAAGAAGGGUUAGAGCAGAAAGCUUCUUCUGAUUAUGCUGCACUUCCUAGGACUCAUGUUACAGUCAGUCAGUUUUUUUUCUUUCUUCCUUUUUUUCCCCUUUUUUCCUCUCUUUUCAUUUAGUACUAGGCAGUGCUAUUGGCGCUCCACUUUAACCGCAUGGAAAUUAAAAAACCAUGCAUAAAAAAAGGUGGAGCGCAAAUAGCACUACCUCUUUUUAUCUUAAUGGGUUUCUGCUUUAUUUUUAACCAUAGAAUAUGGGUAAUAUCGGUAUAGUGGCAGCGUUGAUGUUCCUGCUCCCCCUGGGGUUCAUUCUCCUUUCCUCCCUCUUCAGUCAAUGUAAACGGGGCUAACUGCAACUGCCCAAAUUUUCUUAUCAAAUUGUUGGGUAGCUUCUGCUUUUCAUUUUCCA